CUCGGCGAAAUUUGGCGAUUUCAAAAUAAUCGUCUAAAUUAUUAACACUAGCAACACUGAUGUUUUAAUGUCAUUAGUAUUAAAGAUUUGUACCGUACAGGUACAUAGAAAAUAGGAAUUGUUAUCGUUUUUCGAUAAAAAAAUAUUUAAGUAUUGUUUGUUUUCACAAUGUAUCAUUAAAUUGUGUUAAAAAUGUCUUCAAUGUGCGUUAAUAUCAAAGUCGAACCAGUGGAAUAUGAAGAAGACAUCGAAAAAGAAGCGACUAAUAUCGGUGAAAAUUGUCCCGAAUUUAUUGACAUAAAAUCUGAAAAUGUAACUCCAGAAAUAAGUUUUAAAGCAGAGCCUGUCGAUGAUGAUGCUCCAGCAGCAGACAGCGGCAUCUGGAUGCAGAACGAGGCUGAGUCUCGGGAUGCUAACCAGUUCGUGGAAGUCGAGAUCAAUAUGGAAAAUGAAAGUGAGUGUGACCCUAUGCCGGCUGACCCGAUGGAGAUGUAUGGACAGCCAACGUCUACUUCAUCAGCGAAUCUUCAAGAACUCGAUAAAUAUUCAACCACAUCAUCAGGCCGUUUCUGUUGUUCCAUCUGUAACAAGACCUUCGCGAACGCUGGCAACGUCCAACGUCAUAUGCUGAUACACGAGAAACAAAAAUACAAGUGCGAUCGAUGCGACUCACUAUUCACAAGCAAAAUAAAACUGGACAAGCACCUAUUUAAUAAACACACCGUGCCGAACGAACGCAGUUUCCCAUGCGAUGACUGCGAAAAGAGAUUUAAGUCCUCAUCAAAUUUGAUGCAGCAUCGUAAGGUCCACUUAGCCGAAAAGCCCUACCAAUGCCCUUUAUGCUCAAAGAGCUUCUCAUUCAAGUCCAAUUUGCAGAAGCAUCAGGGCAAGAGCAGGUGUAGGCGGCCCCCAGGCGAACCCAUCCAGUGCCACGUAUGCCAGAAAAUAUUCAAAAAGGAAUUUCUCCUUAAAAGUCAUCUACGGCGGCAUGAUACCGAGAGACCGUUUUCUUGUGAGCAAUGCGAUAUGAAGUUCAAAUAUAAGAGUACUUUGAUCCGUCACCUGCAAAUACACAACGGGGAGAGACCGUUUCCUUGCCCCAACUGUGAUAAGAGCUUCACUCAUCUGGGGCUACUGAAGCCACAUUUGAGGAUCCAUACCGGGGAAAAGCCUUACGAAUGUGAGAUUUGUCAGAAGUCGUUUGCUCACAAACAUAAUAUGCAACGUCACAAGUUGAGGCAUGAUAAGGUCAAGCAUUUGGUUUGCGACGUCUGUCACAAACAGUUCCCCAAAGAGAGUCGCCUUAAAUACCAUCUUAAGACGCAUUUGAAUGAGAAACAUUUCGCUUGUUUCGUUUGCCCGAAAAGGUUUUCCCAUCGGCAGAAUGUUUUGAGGCACUACAGUCGAAAGCAUCCCGGCGUUGAGUACAAUUGUACCGAUACGGAUGCCUCUGUAGCUCUCAAGAUCUGGGACACGUAUAAGAGUAGGUAUUUUUGUGAAGCUGAAGAAAUUUUGGGUUGAAAAGCAGAUUUUUGUAUUUCUAGGAAUGUUAGGUAAUGCUUAUAGAGCCAGUGUCGCGACAAAACAAUUGAAAGACUAUCUUGCAACUGUGUUCCGACUAAAAAGUUUCAUUAAAGUUGGAAAACAGUUGCCAGACUGUUCUACAAUUAUUUUGUUGCCAGAUCACUGUCUUUUAGUAAUGCUUGAAAUGAAUUUUGAAAUCAACGUCCACACAACCCCUAGACCCCUCACACCCCUCGCCCGAUGUCUGUCACCACAUCACCCUCACAACUCUCACACAGGUCGCUCGUCACUCGUCACUCAACUAUUUCUAAUUAGUUUCGUCCAGUACCGUGAGGAAACACUGCCGCGUUAACGUUGACCUUGAGAGCUCCAAUCAGAAUGCAGUACCCCGCCUCGUCCACCUCAGAUGGUUGACAGAAUAGGGAUGAUGACAUUUUUUUUUCAGUGUCCGUCUUGUAUUAUAAUGGAUACGUAUUUUUUAAUUUGUCAUAA